UGUUGAUGUAACCUUGCUGAUCAAAGCAGGACCCUGACCGCCUAGGGCCAGUUCCUGAGGCUCUGGUGCAUCCAGGCAGUGAAUAUAAAAGGUCUGGCCCUGGAGUGGGGCAGCUAUUCUACAUCCUGGACCAGUCCCAGGCAGACACUGCAGCAGCACCAUGACCCCCUCAGAGGACCCCAAGGACUGGAAAGCCAGUCUCAAAGACUCCAGCCUGGAGACCAGCUCUGGUGUGAAGUUGGCACGCCCCCUAAAGGCCAUCCCCACAGCUCACUUCACUUUUGUUAUCGACUGUGCCACUGGGAAACAGAUCUGUCUGGAUACACCCCCAGUGCUACGUCAAGAACCCAUACCCAACCAAGGAUGUGUCACUCGACCCAUCAAGACCUAUAUGUUGAUCUGUAGAGAAAACAGGCUGUAUGGGACUCGGGAUGUUCCACCGGGUUUCAGACUUCUUCCUGAGACCAAGGACACCUUGCCACCCUACAGAGGACAUGCGGCUCCAGCUUCCGUCCCUGCCAGCCCACCCUCGCCCCAGGAUGUUCCUAAAAUCAAGCCGAGUCCCUUGAAGGCUGAGUCCUUGUGGUCUUCAACUUGGAGGGCAAUUAAGGACUCACUCAAAGCCCUCUCCUCCUGUGUCUGUGGGCAGGCUGAGGAGCUUGGUAGCAUCAGUGUGGGAGGGGGACCUGGUGUUCUGGGCAGCCUUGAUUGCCAGCCAAGCAGGAGUCUUCGGAGCCUGAGCACAGGAAAUCAUACUGGACCCAGGGAAGGACAUGGGAAAUGCCCAUGAAAGCACACCUCUGUCUUCCUCCUCCUCUG